AUGUAUUCGACUCUCAAGGCUGCUACUCUGUUUGCCCUCUUGACCGGCUUGGCCGUCCAAGCAGCGCCAGCUCCACAGUCCGGCACUAGCGUCACUUGUGAUAGUGAUACCCAGUGGCACGACGAUUAUCAGACUCAAACGUGUCCCACUGGCACCGUCUGUCAAGCUGAUGCGGGUGGGAACCCUUGUGUCUGGCCUUCCUCCGGGGCUGCUACGGGUGUGACCUCGGCUGCAGCUGCCACAAGCGCCGAAGAUGUCGGCGCUUCUGCCUCUGUUGCUGGUGGGGCAUCUUCUUCGGCGGUCGUAGGCGGGGCGUCCUCUUCGGCCGUCGUUGGUGGGGCUUCUUCAGUCGCCGGGGGUGCGUCUUCGGCUGGAGGUCAGGCCACCUCUGCCGGGGCCGCAAGCUCUACCGUCGCGGGCUCUUCUGGGGCAGCGGGCUCGUCAGCGUCUGGUGUCAGCGGGAGCAGUGCAUCGGGAGGCAGUGCGACCAGCAGUGCAGCUGCAUCCUCUGGGACUGCUUCCACCACAACCAAUUCGACCAGCUCGAGCGGAACGCGCUAUGUCCUCUACUGGGAUAACUAUGCUAAUAUGGGGGGUGUCGAAGCAUCUCAGCUCACUGGAGCAACUCACGUCAUUCUUUGUACGAUACCUUUCGCCGAUAUGACUUCUUGGGCUACCAAGGUCGAUAGCGCAGCUAUGGCCUUUCAAAGUUCUAGCGAUGGCAAUUUUGACCCUUCGACUGCCUCAACGCUCAAGGGCAUGGUCAGCGGUCUCAAGGUCACUGGGGCGCUGGGUGGCUGGGGCCUCGACACCCCUAUGGCUACCGCCGUCCAAGGAGGCGAGUCUACGAUAGAGACUUUGGUCGACAAUGCUGUGGCAUUUGCAAAAGCAUUCGACCUGGACGGUAUUGAUAUUGACUGGGAAUUCCCUGCUGCGUCGGAUGUCCCCAACCUCGUCACGUUCCUCACAAAGCUCAAGGCCGGUCUUCCCGAUGACAGUAUCAUCUCGGUCGCCCUCGGUGCUCGAAUUGAUACGACAGACGCCGCCGCCUACACCUCCGACACAUUCAGCCAGCUCAAGGAUCUCGUUGACAUGUGGAAUGUCAUGACAUACGACUAUGUCAACAGAUACAGCGACAAGACUGAGCAGCAAGGCGGCGGGAGAGUCGUCGAGACUGUCAUGGACUAUUACGAGAAGCAAGGAAUCGAGAUGGAAAAGGUCAACAUUGGUUUCGCCAUGAACGCCAAGUACUUUACCGGCGUCACCGACUGCACCACCGACAACCCUAUCGGUUGUACUCUUCCUGGAAAGGCCUACUACGAAGACAGUGGGAAAGACAACCGUAAAUCCGGUUGGCUUCGAUUCAACUCUGACUUGGACUCGACUCUUGGUACUGACGGUACCACCUGGAUGGAGAAGGUCAGGCCUCAGUUUGAAAAGCGCCCGACCGACGGCAGCACCGAGAUCGCCGACGAUGUGUCACAGGCAUGGUACGACGAAGACAACCAGACAUUCUGGACUUGGCUUGAGCCGAGCGACAUGUCUUCGGUUUGCAGCACUUGGAAGAGUAAGGUCGGAGGUAUGAUGGUCUGGAGUGCCAAUCAAUAA